AUGUUUAACUUCCUCAAAUCUAAGAAAGAGAUUCUUGUCAAUGACAUGAAAGAAGUUUAUGAAGGACUCAAGGGUGCAGCCGAAGGUCGUAUGAAAUAUGCAAACGGUUGGAAAGAUUUCGCAAAUUACACAAAAAUUAUGGUUUUAUCUCAGAAUUCAACCAUCCAACCACAAAUGGAUCGCUUUGUUGACUUAUUCACAAAGGUUGCCGAAUGCCAACAGAAAAUUGCAGAAGCUGAACUUCGCAAUGCUGAAGAUUUCAACGACGUUUCAGAGAGAUUCGCCGUUGUAUUCCGCAAGAACAACGAAUACAAUGAUCAGAAGAGAACAUUCCGUGAGUACGAAGCUAAUUUAAAGGACGCCAUCGCCAAGAAUGAAGCAGAAUCAAAGAAACCAAACUAUGCAAAGUCACAGCAAAAGCUUGAAGCAGCAAUUGAAAAAUACAAGAGUCUUAAGGCCGAAGCUCUCGAACUUACAAAGCAAAGACUAAGAGAUGUCAUUGAAGCUCGUGAAGCUUACAACAAGUUCAAAGUUCGCAGAUUCCAGCAUGGUUGGAUAUUAUACGGUCAAACUCUUAGAGAUGAAAGUCAAAAGGAAGCAUCAUACUUAAAGCAAAUCGAAGAACUUCUUCUUAGCCUCAAAAGUGACCUUGAAUCUGGCAAGAUCUCUGAAAUUCAGGAUCAAAUCCAGACACAUAUUGAGGCCGCACCAGAGCCAGUCGAUGUCGUCGCAGCUUCUCAAGCUCUCGAAGCACCAGCACCAGAAAUACCACAGCCAGCCGAAGAACCACAACCAGUUGAAGAGCCACAGCAUUAUGAUGAAGCAGAUACUGCUAUAGAUACUACCCAUCCAGCUGUCAAUCCUUUCGAAUAA